AUGCACAGAUCACAAUGCAGCCCAUUGAAAUGUGUCCUAGUGGGGAAUGCGGCGGUUGGGAAGACCUCUUUGAUAGUGGCCUAUACGACGAAUGGAUUUAGAGAGACAUACCGCCCAACCGCGUUUGAUAAUUACUCUGGUAAGUAGCUAUCUUAAAUCACUUUUUUAUAUAAAAAAAACUUUUUUGAUUAUGUCUUUUAAGGGUCUAAUUUAACCUAUUUUUUCAAAAGACACCCAAAAUUUUUACUUUCAACUAAAUUUGAGGGUAUUUUAGUGACAGUCAACGUUGACAACAAACCCCUUCGUAUGGAUCUCUGUGACACCGCUGGAAAUUCGAGAUUCGACACAUUGAGGCCUCUGAGUUAUUCCGAAGCCGACGUUUUCCUCCUUUGUUUCAAGGUCUCAGAGCCCGAGUCAUUGACCGCAGUUACUGAACAUUGGCUGCCGGAACUCAAAACAGUGUGCCCAAAUGUGCCUGGUAAGACGACAGGGCUAUCUUAACUUAAAAAAACCUCUGUAAAUCGAGCUCCCAUACAGCGAAUCCUGUAUAAAACCAGCAAUUUCAGAGGCCAAAGAGCUACUUUUUGACCAAAAUAAAUCUCUGUAUAACGAAACUCUUUGUAUAACAAAAAUUCUCUGGUUCUUUGCGAUUCAUUUUAUAGAGGUUUGAUUGUAUUUUUUGACAAUAGAUUUUGCCGAAUAGUCGAGAAAAAAGUUAAAAAAUAUGUACAUAAAUUUGAGACAAUAAUGAUGACUUUAUUUUCAGUGAUCUUGGUUGGAACCCAAAACGAUCAGAGGAUGGGAUAUGAGCGAAGGAAGCUGUUGGUGGACUCAAAACGAGUCAAACGGUUGGCUGAUCAACUUGAAGUGAGUUUUUGAAUUUACAGAGUUUAAGUUCUGGAGGUCCGAGCACAGAUUUUAAUAUAAAAGGAAUACCAGUUUAGCCUCUGUACAACAAACCGCCAUGACGAUAAAAAUUGUUCGUUGUAGAAGGGUUUAUUUAUACCGCGGUUCAUUUUAACGGUAGACUGACUCUUUGGCCUUUAGAAUACAGUGGGAGACCUGAUCCAGUGGAAAAAAACGUACCACUUUGCAUCAGGGAGGUAUAAAAAAUGUGGCAAAAUGCUUCCCUCUCCAAGUGAAAAAACUUCGUUUUGAAGGGCGCGCCCUUUUUUCUUCAAAAAAGAGAGAUCUCGAUUUUGAAAUCUGAGUUUUUUCACUUGGGUAAGGAAGUAUUUUGCCACAUUUUUUGAUGCUUUCUAGAUGCAAAAUGGUACGUUUUUUGCCACUGGAUCAGGUCUCCCACUGUAGUUCAUUAUAGCAAAGUUUUGUUAUACAGCUUCUCUUGAAUUCACUUAAUUUUUAUGUGAUAACAAAAAAAAAUAUUUUUUUCAGCUGGACUACAUCGAAUGCUCCGCGUUAACUCAGUUGAAUCUAAAGGAAGUUUUCGACCUGGCCAUUCUCAACGCCAUGAAAAACUCAGCCAAAAUCCGCAGCAACAAAGUGCCGGAGAAGGCGAGAGAGCGCCAACCAACCUUCAAAAAUAGCUUCAGGCGAUUAGUUUCGAUGACGAAAAAGUUUUUGUAA